AGGUGUGGGCAGCCGCCAGCGAAUGACAAGAUUAAAAACCUUACUAAAACAUAGUUUUCUCAGAUAUUACGUACCAGAUCAAAGUUCAUCUGGCAAAGCUGCCUCAUCGCCAUCCAUGUGUGGUGAAAUCACAGCCAGAACAUUAGUCGCACAUUAAACGAGAUCGACGACGGUGUCGUUACUCAACGAAAAUCACAUCUUGCCUUGAAAUGAAGGUGCCUAAAAGUCUUUGCCUGCUAAAACAGCUGCCGAAUGUCCGGAACUGCAGCAGUAGAAGUACAAAACCCCUGAAGAUCGUAACCAAACAUUUUGAAGAGAUAAGCAUACCCGUUCCAUGGGGACAUAUAUCGGGCAAAUGGUAUGGCCCCAAGCACGUGCGACCCAUUGUCGGCAUGCACGGCUGGCAGGAUAAUGCCGGGACCUUCGAUACAUUGGCUCCGCUCCUGCCAUCUCAUCUCUCCUUCCUGAGCAUCGAUGCCCCGGGCCACGGACUCUCCUCAUGGCUGCCGGCUGGCACCUCGUACCACUCCAUCGAUCUGGUACUGAUCACCCGCCGCCUGAUGGACGACUACAACUGGGACAAGAUCUCCAUUCUGGCGCACUCAAUGAGUGCCAUCAAUGGAUUUGUGUUCAGUGCUCUGUUUCCCGACAAAGUGGAUCUGUUUGUGGGCCUGGAUGUGCUGAAACCGCCCGUCCGGAGUUCCCGCAGCAUUGUGGAUGCGCUGGCCGAGCGACUGGAGUCCACCUUAAAGCUGGAACGACGCCUUAAGAGCGGCUCCGAGCCGCCCGCCUACGAAUGGGACCAAUUGGUGACCAGGCUGCACGAGGGUUCCAAUAAAUCCGUAUCGCUGGAUGCCUGCAAGUACCUACUGCAGCGGAACUCCAGACCCUCCACGCACGAGCCCCACAAGUAUUACUUCUCCCGGGACAACCGACUGAAGUCAUCGUUGUUCUACACGCUGCACCAGGAGGUUACAAUGGAGAUGGCACGCCGGAUCAAGUGCCCACAUCUUUUCAUCAAGGCUCUGCAGGCUCCUUACUACGAACGCAAGGAGUACUUUGAUGAAGUUUUGGCAGAAUUGCAACAUAAUCCGCUGUUCGAGUUCCACGAAGUAGACGGAACCCACCAUGUCCACCUCAACGAGCCGGAGAAGGUGGCGCCAAUUAUCAAUUCCUUUAUCAAUAAAUACCGGCCCUUAUGAGAUCGGCUUACCAUAGACCUGGACAUAUAGCUAGUUGAAUGUUAGACCUUACGCCUAGUGUUAGAUUUUAACCCCUGACGUAGAUUGAUGAUAUUGACUGGAUAUUAGACACAAAUCAAUCUCAGUAGAAGAAAAAAAACCCAAGCAUAGAUCAUUUGGUUGCUUCUAUUUAAUUUAUUAUGUACAAUCGAUACCGGCAAUAACAUUAAAGUUAAACACUACAUUACAAACUUCAAAA